AUGAUAACACGACAUCCUCAUAUGAUUUCUCAUUCAUAUUCUCUUCAGGAAGAUCAUUUUUCAGAUUGGAGGUGUAGAAUUUGUUAUGAGGAAGUCGAUACAAGGUAUGGCAUUUACUAUUGUUCUGCAUGCGGUUGUAAUUAUAUUGCUUAUCUACAUUGUGCUACCAAUAAAGCAAUUUGGGAUGGAACAAUUGUCUUAGAAGACAAUGAUGAGAUCUGCAAGGAAACAUAUACUCUGGAGAAUCCAUGUCAUGAACAUUCACUCUUUCUUGUCCACGAGUCUCCAAUGAAGUGCAGUGGUUGUUGCAAAGUAAUAGCCCAAGGUCGUGUUGCAUAUAGAAGCAUGAAGCAUUGUGAUUUCACUUUAGAUAUAUUUUGGGUGACGCGACCACUCACAGCUUGGUAUAAGUAUGAUAGACAUCCACUUACUCUAAAUUAUUCUGAUGAUUCUAGUCCUUCUCAACAUUAUUGUGAUCUGUGUGAGGAUGAACGCAAUCCUAAUAACUGGUUUUACUACUGUGUUGAUUGUGAUAACUCUCUUCAUUCCGGAUGCGCUCUCGGGAGUCCUCAAUUUAUGAAGCUUGGAAGCAAAGUCAAAUAUGGUAAUCAUCCACAUCCAUUAACUAUUGUGAAAAACAUUUGGAAUUGGCCUCCAUGCAAGGUAUGCGGUAAUAUUUGCAAUGGACUAGCCCUGGAAUGUAAAGAAUCUGAAUGCAACUUUACCGUCCACGAUUGGUGCCGUUUGUAG